UGGAAGAACUCGAAAUUAGAAAACCUUUUCACAAGAUGCGUGGUACAAUCAAAGGUCAACUUCUAAGGAUGGAUAUGAAGAACCGACUUGAAUAUUUCGAAGGAAAUGAUGAAGAAAUUAAGGCAUUCCUUAAUACACUUCUAUUAG